GAAAUCAAUAAUACAGUAGUUAAAUAAAUAGUGAAUACCACCUAACAUGGCUGGUGUGGACUUUCUUUUAAUUUAACUCAUUAAACCAGCAGCGUGGGAACCCUUGUAAAUUUGCUUUGCUCUCAGGCACCGUCCAGCUGAGGCUGAUGUGGCUUUACAAGGCAGGAAGACUACAUUGAAAUAGAUCAACAUGGAUUUGUUACUGUAUAUCUGUAGUAGAACAGCCUGCACUUUAUGAAAAUGUUCUUGGUUGAAGAUGUUGGCAUUUUUCUGCUGUUGUAAAAAUGUGCCCAGCCACACCUGAGCAGUAAUCACGCUGCCUAAUCAGCAUUUUGAUGUAAGGUGGCAAAGAAGAAGUGCAGUUGGCAACUUUACAGAUUUAGAUAAAUUUGCAAACAAUAUUUGAGAGGAUCUAAAGACUUUUAGUACCUAGAAAAGUCUCACAUCAUGAAAAAUGAGGACAAAAGUGUGGCGUUUAUAAUUUUGUGCAGUGUAUAAUGGAGUCAAUAUAUGACACAAAUAUUAUGUAUGAGUAUGUCACUUUAAUGCAAGUCUAAGUAAUUGAAAGUAUUUACAAAUGACUAAGACAUUUGAAGAUCAGCAAAGCAAAACAUUCAUCUUCAUUUCUCUAAUCCUGACUUUCGGAGGUCGGAUCCUUCGUGACGUGACUGCAGCAAGUGACAGUGAUGGGAGGCACCAACAGCUGGAACCGACCGAACCGGAGCCACAGAGAUAAACGCUGCUGAUCGAGAGCUGGGCAGACUGUAAACAACCCGAACUGCACAUUCUGUGUCUAUAUCUGUGUUUUUGUUGUUUCUAAUGGCGAGAAAACGAGAUUUAACGGCGCUUUACUGCUUCUGGCUUCUCAUCAACUCCGUGUGGGCAGAAGACUGGAGCCAUGUCCACACUGAGGAUGAGCUCUUCAGGAACCUGUUCGGAAGCUACAGCAAGUGGACCCGUCCUGCACGCAAUGUCACAGACGUGGUCAUCGUCAAAUUUGGCCUCUCAAUGGCACAGUUGAUAGACGUGGAUGAGAAGAAUCAGAUGAUGACAACAAAUGUGUGGCUGAAACAGGAGUGGACAGACUAUAAGUUGCAGUGGAACCCCUCUGACUUCGACAACGUGAUGUCGAUCAGAGUUCCGUCUGAGCUCAUCUGGGUACCUGACAUUGUGCUGUACAACAAUGCAGAUGGAGACUUUGCCAUCACCCACAUGACCAAGGCCCAGUUGUUCCACACAGGCCGCGUCCGAUGGGUGCCUCCAGCCAUCUAUAAGUCCUCCUGCUCCAUCGACGUCACCUUCUUCCCCUUCGACCAGCAAAGCUGCAAGAUGAAGUUUGGCUCCUGGACGUAUGAUCGCGCCAAGAUCGACUUGGAGCCCUUGGAGAACACAGUGGACCUGAAGGAUUACUGGGAGAGUGGAGAAUGGGCAAUUGUCAAUGCAGUGGGCACCUACAACACCAAGAAGUAUGACUGCUGCCACGAGAUUUACCCUGACAUCACUUACUAUUUUGUCAUCCGCCGCCUCCCCUUGUUCUACACCAUCAACCUCAUCAUUCCCUGCCUCCUCAUCUCCUGCCUCACUGUGCUGGUUUUCUACCUGCCGUCAGACUGUGGUGAGAAAAUCACUCUGUGCAUCUCCGUGCUGCUGUCGCUCACGGUCUUCCUGCUGCUCAUCACAGAGAUCAUCCCCUCCACGUCACUGGUCAUCCCACUGAUUGGAGAGUACCUGCUGUUCAUCAUGAUUUUCGUCACGCUGUCCAUCGUCAUCACAGUGUUUGUGCUGAACGUGCACCAUCGCUCUUCAGCCACUCACGCCCUGCCCCAGUGGGUUCAGAGGCUAUUCCUGACUACGGUGCCACGGUGGCUGUGCAUGAAGCGCCCACAUCACGGCUUCAGGCCUGUCAGGCAACACAACGUGACUCCCAACAUCUCCCCCAUUACACCCACCUUGAUCACCCAAGAGUCUGAAGUUGAUCUCCAUGGACGCAGGGAUGACAGUGGUUGCCACAACAACCGCUGUACUGACUCCUUGGACACCAGAGCUGAAACUCACUACUGUGACCUUCAUCGUUACUCAAACACAGGUAACUUGGCCAAAAUUGGGGUGAAGAUUUCUUCUCUAUCUCCUGCUUCCCUUCAGUCCCUUGGUUACCUUCUUCACCAAAGAUGCUCAACACUCUUGAACUGGCACACCAUUCCUUUGGAGAGCCCAUCAGCUUACACUCUAUCACCUGCGGUGGCAUCAGCCCUGGAGGGUGUCAUGUACAUUGCAGAACAUCUGAGAACAGAGGAUGCAGAUUUCUCUGUUAAGGAGGACUGGAAGUACGUAGCCAUGGUUAUAGACCGAAUUUUCCUGUGGAUGUUCAUUAUCGUGUGUCUGCUGGGGACAGUUGGGCUCUUCCUGCCUCCUUGGCUCUCUGGGAUGAUCUAGAUGAGUUGUAAUGAGAAGUAAAGAUUAAUUACUUCAUAAUAAUAUUAUAUAUAUGUGUGUGUGUGUGUGUGUGUGUGUGUGUGUGUGUGUGUGUGUGUGUGUGUGUGUGUGUGUGCGCGCACGCGCGCGUAUGUAUGUGUAUGUACAAAGGAGGAGAGAUAAACUGACAGAAGUAUUAAAGAAGAUACUGAAAAAGAAAAUUACAAAGCAUGAUCUUAGGAUUGUGAUUAUAAAGCAACAAAUAAAAGUCACACACAAAAAAUGGGGUUUCAGAAUCACCAGAAAUACUAGGACACACACACCGAAUGGAAUUGAGUGGAAUAAGAAACUGUAUCUCAAAUCUAUGUACAGUACAGUGGCUGAGUGGCUUAUUAUACUGCAUACUACAAGUAGCUUUUAUUCACAUAAAAUACUACAGCAUAUAGUCCUCUUUACUAUGCCUUCUCUAAAUACUUAUAAGUAAAGCCUUUUUUUAUAAACAUGUUGAUGAAGUAUAGUAAUAUUUUUAGCUCUAGUUCAGUAAUAACCUGGUCCUAAAGUAAUGUAAUCAAUAUUGUUUUGAUUGUUGUUUUUACAGUUGAACAGACUCAUGCUUUUUACAUGUACUACUCUGUUACUGUUACUGUAUGCUUGCUUACAGUUUUCUGCUAACAGUGUUGAUCACUAUCUCUCUGAAGCCAAUAGUUUGUUACUUUGGCUUGUUUUCUUGGCAUAAACAAAGAAGACAGUUAUACUUACUUACUACUUACUUUACUGUUAUAUUAAAAUGUUAAUUCUCCAGAAUUGUGGUUGUAGUAUUAUGUGUAUUUUUUGUAGUACUGACAGUAUUAACAUGGACGUCACUUCUAAAAAACAUGUUCUCUGGACACAUUUCUUGAGGUUCAGACGUAAAAGGGCAUUAAACCUUGAUAGUCUGUAGUCAUAUUCUUCACCCUGUAUUAAACUGAGAUCACAAGACUGCUGACUUAUUCAGGGUGAACCCCACCUCUCAUCCAAAGGACAGCUGUGACAGGUCUUAACACCUCCCACAGUCCUUACAAGGAUAUUCG